UAUACACCUCCAUAAGUUCCAGUCAAAACGAAGAGCAUAUAAACCCACCCCUCACCCCCAAGCAACAUUUAGAUCUCUUCUCCAUCACCCAGAUUAAAUCCUCAUCAAUCCCCAACACACCAUCGAACUCCUCGUAUCCCAUCUUUUCCACCCAGAAACCACCACCAAAAUGAGAUUCCUCUCCAUCCUCCUCCUCAGCGGUCUCGCCGCCGCAGCAACAGCAGCCGCACCAGCGACCGCGCCAGGCAACGCACACCCCACCACGCUCGUCCAGAAGCCCGCCACCGCGGACGGUGCUGCUGGCACUGCUGGCACUGCUGGCGUUGCUGGUGGGAGCACAUACAACCACGUCGCGACCCCCAACGAGGGCCAGAAGCCCGCCACCGAUGGCGGGGAUCACGGCGCGACCACAUCGCCCGCUACCGAUAGCAAGGCUAAUGCCAAUGGCAACGCCAAUGGCAAUGCCAACGCUAACGCCGGCGCCAAUGGCAAGGGCAAUUCUGGCAGCAGUGGCAGUGGCAGUGGCAGUGGCAAUGGCAAUGCGGGCAGCACCAAGGCGAAUACCAGUGCCAGCAACAACAGCAACAGCAAGGGCAACGCGGGAAGCAACGCGGGAAGCAACGCGGGAAGCAAUGCGGGAAGCAACGCCCACAACGCAGCGGGCGCGCUCUCGCACUAGAAGGGUUGCCGGGCUCUGGACGAGGACUUCUAGGAUCUUGAGAUGGGGCUUAUGGUGGAGGUGGUGGAUCAAGGUUUACGGAGGUGAUGGAGGAGAGGUUGGAAUAGACAGGCAAGAAAGUGGGGAUGAUGGCGGUUACGAGUCAUGGAUUGUUGGUUUUGUUGUUGUUGACGAGACGUUGGUUCUGGGGCAUGUAUCUCGUGUUUUGAUAGCUAAUUUACUAAUGGUAUUAGGAUUAAAG